CAUUAGCAGCAGCAAGAGCUAGAAACUUGUGGAGUUGGUUUCAAGUUCAAAUUUCACCGCACCGCACCGUUGAUAGUUGGCAGAAGUGCGAAGGAGCGUAGGCCCCAGGAGGACUACUUAUCUUACUCAGGCAUCCCUCUCCAUCAAUUCUUCCGCGGAUCGUGAUUCGAAGCUAUUCAAAGGCCUUUGUUUCGAAGCUAUUCAGAUUGCCAGGAUACACGAACGGAGUAGCGUCGUCUCAGCGCCUGCCUCAGAGAACGGACAAAGCCCGUCUUCCGUCUUCUGCUUUUCCUGUAUCGGAGCUAGUAAUCACGCAGCGAGUAGCACGCAUCGUUUAGUGAGUUAAACCCAACUUCAUAAAUCCAGCGCGAGAAUCUGGGCUGGUUUUUAUACGUGGUUUGUACCCGCGGCAAGUGAAACCGGCGGGCAGCAUAAUGAUGGCGCAGAUGGCGCAGGAUCGCGGUCAGGGCGCACUCCGAGUUGGAGUCUCUUCGGACGAGCCGCCUCCGCUGGCGGAGGCGGCGGAGGGGGGGCGCCGCAGCGCCGCGCUGGACAGGCCGUCGGGGAAGCGGCGGCUCGAUGUCAAGAAGCCGCAAGCCGGCGCGGCGGAAGGAGACGCGGCCGGCGCGGGCGCGGGCGGCAGCGCGGAUGUAAGAGGCCCGGGGCACUUCGUCUGGACGACCUGCUGGACGGAGGAAGCUCACAAGAACUUUCUGGACCUUAUCGAAGCGGAUUUCGUGCGCCGAAUGUACUCCAGGCAGUACUGCCACGCCGAUAUUUGCGGCGUGGGGGACGCCGGAAUCAGCGGUGGCGGCGGUGGCGGCGGUGGCGGAGGAUGUCACGUUGCACAGAAACCGUGCGGAGGAGGGGGAAGCAGCGGUGGCGGCAGCAGCCGCACGGCUGUAGCUACGGCUUUCGAGACGGCUCAAGUAUCCCAGACGAGUCAACGCGGCGGCGGCGGCGGCGGCGGGCUUCUCCGUCAUCGUCAAUCGGCGUCGCAGACUCCCGAUGCUGCUAAAACUUCUGCGACUGCUGGUGCUGCUGCGGCUGAGUCAACUGGAAACACGCGCCCAGGAAGAGAUCUGGCUUGCGCGGCUCACGCCCUGCUGCGCGGAGGUUGUAACGGCGCGUUAAGGGCGCCCUGGGGGUCGGGUGGCGGAGACACGCCGUUGGGAAGCAAGAGACAACGGCACGGCGAACAGGGAGCUCAUAGCUGGCAGGUUGCUACAGCUGACGCUGCCGCUACAGCUGCAACACCUGCCGCUACAGGCACUGCAGCCGCUACACCUGCCGCUACAGAUAUCACCGCCAGUUGCGGCAAUUACUCCGCGGAUGUGACAAUGAACGCCGGCUGUAGCAGCAGCGCGUCCGGCAGCACCUGUAGCAGCGCUACUGGCAGUAGCGAGGCUGACGGUAGCGCGGAUGGCGUGUCAGAUGAUGCAACUGCAGGCAGGAGCAGCGGCAGCUGGGGCUUUAAGAGCGAUAUUAUGUUUAGGGGGGGGGGACGAGGAGACGGAGAGGACAGCGGGUUAGUGAGCACAGCCGGCAGCUGUAGCAGCGGGUGUGGGAGAGGAGAGGAGAUGGAGGAGGAGGAGGAGGAGGUGGUGGAGCAGAGGGUGGUGCCCGUGUCUUCUCAAUUAAUGCUUGCGUCCGCUCUUACUGAGGGUGCUGCACUGACCGCUCCUGCUGCUGCCGCCACACCUGCUGCCUCUUCUCCGACUGAGCUGAGCCCUGCAUUGGCCCCUGUGUCUCCUGUAGCGUAUCCUGUAGUGUCUCCUGUCAUGUCUCCUGUAGUGUAUUCUAUUGUGUCUCCCGUAACUCCAUCGACUUUGGCGCCGGCGUCUGCUGUGGUGGUUCCUCCACCGUCUGCUCCUUCUCCUCCACCUCCUCUCUUCCCUACCCAGCUUCCCUUCCAAAGCCCUUGGAUCCGUCGUUUCAACAACUACCAGCAAACGCCGUCACCAUCACCGGCUGCAGAAGUAGCAGGAGCAGCAACAGCAGCAGCAGCACCACCACGGCAACCAGCACCAGGAGUGUUGACAGCAGCAGCAGCAGCAACAGCAGCAGGCGCUUCUGCUCAACCACUAAGUAUGACUUUGAGUGAUUCUUUCAAGUCAUUCUUAGCUCCACUUGAAGCAGAAGCGGGACGUGUGGCUGCUGCUUCCAUGGCAGCAAGAGCAGCGGCAGCAGCAGCAGCAGCAAGAGAAGCAGCGCCAUGGAAGGGUGGGGUCAGCGCCACUUGCACUUUCAACACUGGUUUGACCCCUGGACUGGACACCCUCCAUAUGGGCACGGUCACUACUAUCACCAGCCAUCGCAUCACUGGCAGCUCUGUGGACAGUACUUGCUGACCCCUGCUUUCCACCCCUGCAUCCACCCUUGCUUCUUUCCGCCGCUACUUUUAGCCAAGGUCAUUGGGUAAUGGCAAUGCUGAUGCGCAUGGUGGUGCAGAUGGUGAUAGUCAGUCGUGACUGGGGGUGGUGGUGAGAGAAUGGAGUGGGAGCGGUCCGGGGGACUUAGGGUGGGAUGGGGAGAAAAGGCACACUUGUGCGCAUAGGGUAGUAGUGUGUGAUGUGCAGUAGAGUGGCGGUUACUAUGUGCCACAAAUAGCAUUUGCAUCAAAUAUAUUUGAGAGGUACACUUGUAGGAGGGAAAAAAUGCCUAGGCCAAGGGAAGGUAGUACCUAAUAUUCAAGAGUGUAGUUUGGCUCUUGUUUCAUGCAUAUUAUA